AUGUGGGCUGCCUCUCUCUUGCUGAUCGCGCCCGCCGCGCUGGCGUCGGACAAUGGACUCGCGCUCACGCCGCCGCUGGGCUGGAAUUCGUGGAACCAAUUCCAGUGCAACGUCUCCGACGCGCUCAUCCGGCGCCAGGCCGACGCCAUGGUGUCCCUCGGCCUCGUGGACCUGGGCUACCAAUAUGUCGUGAUCGACGACUGCUGGCAAGCCGACGCCCGCGACGUGUCGGGCCGGCUCGCGCCCGAUGCGACGCGCUUCCCCGCGGGCAUCGCCGCGCUGUCCGCGUACGUCCGCUCGAGGGGCCUCAAGCUCGGCAUCUACUCCGACGUCGGCACGAAGACCUGCGCGGGCUACCCGGGGAGCUUCGGCCACUACGACCUCGACGCGCGGACGUUCGCGGACUGGGGGAUCGACUAUUUGAAGUUCGACACGUGCUCGCUGACGUGGAAAGAGACGCUCGACCCGCGGCCCUUCUACGCGCGCCGCGGCGCGAACAUGAGCGCCGCGUUGAACGCCACGGGCCGGCCCGUCCUCUAUUCCAUGUGCAAUUGGGGCAGGCACGACCCCUGGCUCUGGGCGCCGGAGAUCGCGAACAUGUGGCGGACGACGAUGGACGUCUGGCCCCAGUGGCAUCGGGUCGCGUCGAUCCUCGACAGCAUGGCCGGGCUGUCGGCCUACGGCGGCCGUGGGGGCUUUAACGACGCCGACAUGGUCGAGGUCGGCGUCGAUUCGAGGAUCUUCAAUUGGGCCGGGAUGCCGGAGACGAAUCUGACGGAACGCGAGGCCGCGGCGCAUUUCACGAUGUGGGCGAUCAUGGGCGCGCCGCUCGUCCUCGGUCUGGACCUCGAGGCCGCGGAGCGAUGGGCGCUCGACGUCGUCUCACACGCGGGCGUCCUCGCCGUCAACCAGGACCCCCUGGCCUACCCGGGCCGCCGCGUGACGUCCGACUCGGACGCGGUGCUCGGCGUCUGUCUCAAGUCGCGCUGCGCGAGCACGCAGGUCUGGGCGAAGGAUUUGUCCGGCGGCCGCGUCGCCGUCGCCUUCCUCAACGCGGGAGAUGCGUAUAGCCAGUACUCGUCCCACUACGGCGACGAAGCCAUCGCCGUCGACUUCGACGAGCUGCACAUCGCGGGCCGCUUCCGCGCGCGGGACGUCUGGGCGGACGCGGACCUCGGCGCCUUCGAAUCGUCCAUGACCUCGCCGGCGGUCCCCCCGCACGGCGCGCACCUCGUCGUCCUCGCGCCCGACCCGUGA